AUGCCGCAGGGCAUCAACGACCGACUGACGACCCUGCGCCUGCCUCUCAGGGGAGGCAAAUUCGUCACCACAAUCGACGUCUACACUCUUCCGACAACCAGCUUUGACGUGACAAGGAGCCAAUUCUACGAGAAUCGGAAUGCACUCCUGGCGACUGUGCUGAAGGAGGACAAGUUGGUCGUCCUCGGUGACUUCAACGCCCGCACCGGGACAGAAUGUGUUGCCAGGAGUGGAGUACCGGCUGCCUACGACAAUGACCUCCUCCUCCUCCUCCUGCAAACGUGCGCUGAACACCGUAUCCUGCUGACCAACGCCUUCUGCAGCUUGUCACUCCGGAAAAAGGCCACUUGCGUGCACUCCGAUCGCUGCGCUGGCAGAUGCUGGACUAUAAUCUCGUUCAGUGGCAAGAUCGACAGGACGUGGUGGUGA